AUGAUCAUGCCAGGCCAGGCAGGCAAAGCCCACGGACAGCCCGCAGCUGAGAUGCAUGAACCCGUUGAACAGCGUGUAGUCGGUGGUCGGACUGAGGCCUCCGGCGAUCAGCACGGCCACGACAAGCCCGUACACGGACAGAAUACCGCUCAUGACGACGGGGAUGAGCGAUCUCAUGAUCAGUUCCGGCUUGAACGUGCCUAUUCCAGAGAUUCCUAUGCCAGACUUGGCGGUGCCGAUUGCUGCGCCGGCGCAGCUCAGAACCAUCGCGGCGCAGCAGCCGGCGAACCCAAAGAACGGCGCAAAGGCGGGCGAGUACUCGGACUCGGGUAG